GCUGGGGGCUGUGGCAGCAGAGCCGCCCCCCGGCCGGUGCUGAGCAGUGCUCUGCAGGGCCACCGCGGCUGCAGGAGCUCCUCUGGAGCGAGGGCUUCUCACACCUCGCCUUCCUCCCGGUGUUCUCACAGCUCCGUGGUUCUCGUUUGCAUUUUGAAGGAGAGCCGAAGCUCCGAUCCACCCCUCCUGGCUCAGAGAGGAGCUGGCUGUGCUUUGAUCUCACGGCUGCCUUUCACGCUGCCCUGAUUCACGUCUUCCAAAUCGCUUUCCCUGCGAGCGCAGCUAGCUGCUGCUGCAGCAUGUGGAGCUGAGCAGAGCUCGGGGAAAGGAGCCGCGGUGCCGAGGAACAAAGGGGAGAAAUGCAGAGCAGCCGCUGUCUGAGCGGCAUUGUUUCAAAGCGCCCGCUUUCCGUAAGGCGUACGUGAGACAUGAAGGGGUGCUGAGCGGUGCUGGGAGAACCCCGUGGGGCUUUUUCACCCUUGGAAGCUUUAGCUUGUGUCUCCCUGUCUUUAUCAGCCGUGUCUGUGUUCAGGAACAUUAAAGAUCGAGGCUUUGCUGGAGGCUGGCAGCGAUCGCCCCGCGCUCCCACCCCGAGGUCUCGGUGUUUCUCACGGUUUGAAGUGGUGGGCACUGCUGUGUGCUGCAUUCGGUGCCUCUGGAUUUUUGUUUUUCAAUGUGACCUCUGCUGCUGAUCCACAAUGUGAGCAGGGCCGUGUGCUGCAAUGAAAUGACCUGUUUCUGGGGAAUUCGGCUCCACUUUAUCCUCAAGCUGCUUUAGCUUAAACUCCUUUCUCGCACUUCUAGGUCAGAGCCUUCAUCUGGAUGCGGCGUUCAGCGUGGCAGCAGUCGAGGGCCGCGUGAGAUAAGGCAGAUAAUGACUCAUGGUUUUCUUUGUAGAAGCGCCCCUCUCCUCAGCUGUGACCACGGGAGGUGACACUGCUGUGGGACUUUUCCCCACCCAUGUGGGCAGAUGGGCUCCAGGUCCCAGCGGCUCCCUGGUGGGUGGCGUGUGCCAGGUCUCACCUGCUGGGUCAGAGCAAGGCCUGCAGCGGGCAGCACGAGGCCCUGUGGUGUGAGAGAUGGGGGCUGGAGCCGUGGGCCGGCCAACGGUGCUGCACGAGUGCCAGCAGGGAAGUGCUUCCCUCUGUCUCCCGGUGUUUUCUUGCAAGGCCACUCGCUGUUGAGGAGCUUCUCGCCCAGCAGAAGAGCUGUUUUUAAUUGCAGGUGAUUUAUGUAUUUAUUUUCUCACGCUGCAGAGCUCUGGCUGUUGGCUGGAGGGCAGAGGGAGCUGCUGGCGUAGCCGUGGGGCUGCAGGGAUGUGUUGUCCCUGCGCUCUGCACUGAUAUGGAGAUGUGGCCUGAAGACGGACCUGAUUGUAUUCCAGGUUCUGUGUACUGCAGCAGUAGUAAAUUGUAGUUUAUUGUAGAUGAGGAGGAGUCUGUAAAAGAAAUUCACUCGUGUGAAAAUGUUGGUGGCUGCUCUGCUCUCAUGGCCUGGGGAUGUGGGAUCAGGAGGCAAAAGGUGCGGGUGCAAACCUUCUGUGCUCCUGCUUGGUGUCACGGGUUUCCCUGAGGCUGGAGCUGCUGUUCUGGAGAGGGACACCUGAACGUCCUGGGGUGCACACGGGCCUCCCAUCCCUGCAUUCCUAUUCCCUGAGCUGCCAGGGUGGCACAACCCACGGUGCUGCUGUCAGAGGCACGAGCCCAGCCUGCACCUCCUGGUGAUUCAGGCUCCUUCCUGUCCCUGCUCUGAGUCCAACCCGGACUUGGGAGCUGCGCUGCUGAGAGCUGCUCGGGCUGAGCUGCGGAGGGGCUGCCUGUGUUUGGGAAUCAGGUGGGUUCCAGUGCCAUCAGAUCUGCGCUGGAAAUGCUCGUGUGGCCGCUGGCUCACGCAGACACCUUGGAGGGCAUCUGUGGGGUGGUUACAGUGGGGUUGGACACAUUAUGCUGUGUGCUGGCUGCCAGCUGAGCACGGCACAGCAGCAGUGGGUGGGAACGCGAUGGAGCAGGAGCCCCGGGUCCUCUGUGUGGCUGCAGCCCCAGGUGCAAGGUGCUUCUCUUCCUUCCCCACAGUCCUGACUGCUUCUUCCCUUCGCACAGGCAUGAAUGACCAGGCUCAUCCCCAGCACUGAGCAGCCGCAGCCGGGUCGCCAUGCCGAUCCCACCCCCGCCGCCGCCGCCCCCCGGCCCCCCGCCGCCCCCCACCUUCAGUCAGGCGAACACAGAACCACCAAAAUUAAGCCGAGAGGAGCAGCGCGGCCGUGGAGCCCUCCUGCAGGACAUCUGUAAAGGGACCAAGCUAAAGAAGGUGACACAAAUCAAUGACCGGAGUGCCCCCAUCCUAGAGAAGCCCAAGGGCAGCGGUGGCAGCAGCUACGGCUCCAGCUCAGCUGCGAUCCAGCCCAAAGGCGGCCUCUUCCAAGGCGGUGUGCCCAAGCUCAGACCUGUGGGAGCAAAGGACGGCUCAGACGGAUCCGGGAAGCAAACCCUGCAAGUCCCCGGCUCCAGAGCCGCUGCCCCAAGGCCCCCGGUGCCGGCCAGCAACAGCCGACCUCAGGAUGAUUCUGACAACAGCCGAGCCUCUCCGCCGGAGCUGCCGCGCACGCAGCGGCCGUCCCUUCCGGACCUCUCCCGGCCCGGCGCCGCCGGUGGCACCGGCAUGAAGCACAGCUCGUCGGCGCCGCCGCCUCCCCCCCCGGGCCGCCGUGCCGCCGCGCCGCCCGCCCCCCCGCCUGCACACGGCCCCAAGGUCUCCUCCUACAACCGGGAGAAGCCCCUGCCGCCCACCCCGGGACAGCGAGCGCCUGCUGGCAGGGACGGCCCCCCCGCCCCCCCACCCGUCAAGCCCCCGCCCUCCCCAGUCAGUCUCCGAACGGGCUCGGGGGCUCAGAGCCAGUCCCUCGCCCCUCCUCCGCCCCCUUACCGGCAGCCCCCCGGCGUCCCCAAUGGCCCUUCCAGCCCCGUCACCGAGGCUGCCCCGGAGCUGCCGCAGAGGCACAACUCCCUGCACAGGAAGACGCCGGGUCCCUUGCGGGGUCUCGCGCCGCCGCCGCCCGCCUCGGCCUCCCCGUCCCUCCAGAGCGGCCGCCCCCCGCCGCCAGCCCGGGACCCCCCCAGCCGUGGUGCAGCCCCGCCGCCCCCGCCGCCCAUGCUGCGAAACGGGGGGCGUGAUGCCCCCCCACCCCCACCCCCCUACAGACUGCAUGGUUCUACUGAGCCCCCCAGCCGCGGGAAGCCACCCCCACCGCCCACCCGGACGCCUGCCGGGCCGCCCCCACCCCCACCGCCGGUGAGGAACGGGCACCGGGACUCCAUCGCCACUGUCAGAGCGUUCCUGGAUGACUUUGAAUCCAAAUAUUCGUUUCACCCCGUCGAAGACUUUCCAGCCCCAGAAGAAUAUAAAUACUUCCAGAGAAUCUACCCCAGCAAAACCAACAGAGCCACGCGUGGGGCCCCUCCUCUGCCCCCCAUCCCCAGGUGAAAGCGAGCUGUGCCGGCGGUCGGUCCUGAGCACAGCCGCAGAGCUGCUCCCCCUUCUUCAGACGGACCCUCGCCACCUCCCUGCCCCCAGGAACCUGCAUGAGAAACUCCCGGCACCUUCGGCUCUCCCAGGACGAGCGGACGCCCCCGGCCCACGCUCACCACAAACCCACGCGGCUCUUUGCCCCGCGGCCCCACGUCGAAUCCCGCGCUCCAGGCAGCGGGCGGGGCCGGGGCCCGGCAGUGCAACGCCGGGAUCGGACACGGGCGAGGGCCGUGCCGGGGGUCCUCGUGGGCUCAGAGCGGAGCGGGGCUGUGGUGGCCGUGGGACGGGACCGGCGGAUCCCUCCGCCCCGGUACUGCGAUUUCGUAGAGCUGCUGGGAGCGGGGCCGCGCCUCCACGGCGGCUUCGGGGAGGGCGAGCAGCCCCGUGCUAACGCCGCGGGACCAAAAGGAAGCGGCAGCUGAUGGACGUGGGCCGUUUGCAGGGCUCUGCGGCCGGGGGUCGGGGGGCUGUUAACGGGGGGGGGGGGGGGCCGGGGCUGCGCGCCGUUUUGCCUUACGCGGGCUGCUGGCUCCGGGCUCUGCGCAGCGCGGCGGGCUCCCGUUAACCAUCGUUACUGAUCAGUUUUGUACCGUAGGAGGCGGGGGCUGCGGCGGGGUAAACUAAACCCUCACCUUUAACCGUU